AUGCAGUACUCUAUCCCCACAAGCAAGUGGAACCAUUACCAACCGCUUCGCGAAAAAUUGAAAAUUGAGGAAAAGAAAGACUUUGCUGGCCUAAUUCCAGGAGAUGCCCGUACCUACAACUAUUCGACAGAGCUGCCCUACUUGGAGAUGUAUGCAUCUUCCCUCUACUGCAUUACAAAGAAGAAGGGUGGCUGGGACUGCUUGCGGCACUACGAGAUAUUGCUGGCAGGCUGUGUGCCCUACUUCUUUGACAUCGCCAAGGUGCCAAGCCGCAGCAUGGUACAUUUUCCACAUGACCUCGUGCGCAGGCUCAUGCAACUUCCAGGGGUGCCAGGCGAAGACUUCCUGGCCAGCAGGCUUGGCAAGCUCGGCCAAAGUACCAAUGCGAAUGUUCUGAUCGAUCGAGCAGUAUUUCCGUUGAACGAGUAUAAGAGAUUGCGGACAGCCAUGCUCUCGUAUGUCGAGAGCCACAUGCUGUGCAAGAGCCGAGCAUCCGAACUUCACGCUUUGCCUCGAGUCUUCAUACACUCAUAUGCGACCACGGAGAAACCUGUAGACUACUUGAGGGAGCUGCUCCUGGUUGGCCUCAUGGAGAAUGGCCAUGAAGUGUAUACCACAUUCAAUGCGAGCUAUGUUUUUCAAGACUUCGAUGUAUCCUCAUUAGAUGCCCCGUGGGGUUUAGGGUCAUAUGGUCGAGGAUUUCUGUAUGAGCGGGCUUUGCCUCCGUCUUACAGAAGCCGUUUCAAUGUCUGGGUUCCGGGAGAUCCACCUCCAGACGAGCCGUUCUCGUACAUCAAAACCACAUAUAACAACAAGCCUUACCCGAUCGAAACAUUUUUCGACAAAGCGGUGGACAUAGUCGUAGAUGGGAACGAUAUCUGGGGUGCACACCCCGAGCCUGUGUCAGCGACGUGGUUCCGGCGCGAACUGUCUGACUGUCACCACUUGAUCAAACCCGCUCGGGCACUGCUUGGCAUUUUGAACUCAGGUGCACUCUGGAACUGUGAAGCAUCGCCUCACAGUCGCUUGUGUCCGAACCUUCAUGAUGCCGCUCGAGUUUGGCAAUAUGGGCUGCAGAUGACGGCCGAAGUGGAAAUGCAGACCCAAGGUUGGAGGAGCCCGAGCGGUGUCGAGUUUCUGCUUGACAUUGAAGACUACUUACGCACGCCUCAUUACUUUCCCGACUUUGUGGAAAAGUUCAUGAUCCUGGCCACGAACGCUCGGCAGUUUAUGGAAUGGUGCCGCCAGCUUGCGGAAACGGCAGCACGGGCCCUGGGUGGCGAUCCGAACCUGCCACCGCCGAGGCCGAGGCUCGCAGAGCUUUGA